AUGUUUCUUUCGACUUUACUCGGUGCUACGUCAGGGCGGAGGGGUUCCUUUAAAUCAAGCAGGUCCAAGCAAUCCCAACGUUCUCCUGAUGUCUCCCCGUCGCGUCCCCGAAACUUUACUUCCUCCACUCCCGAGUAUCUUUCCGAUGAGUCGCAAAUUCAACCUGCUAGCCAACCGCCGCCAGAUGUACUCGAUCUAAACCAGAACCUCGAAAGACUCGCAGCCCUCUUUCCCGAUAUCCAAGUCGAAGUCUUUAGGGAGAUGCUUGCAUCCUUUUCCGAAGAGUCGCGAUUAUUCAUCAUCACGGACAAGCUGUUAAAGAACCCUGGUGAAUUCGUCAAGGGGCGACGGAGAGCUAGCGAGCAUACCGGUUCGGACUCGAACGCUCCAGUCUCGCGAACCGAGGCAUUCAGAACGGCGGAAUACAAGAAGGCAGUUCGUACUUUAGCGGCGCAAGAGUUUAAGGGUCUACUAUCUAGAUCCUCGAUUGACGCAGUUUUAUCCGAGUUCAACUACUCGUAUCUCGACGCGCGACAGACCCUCGUGGAUCUAUCUUCCAAGACGUGGAAGUUCACUAUAUCUACCUUCCUCUUUCGUCGCAAGCCUGUGACCUCUGCUGAGGCCGAAACGCAUCCCCUUAUUAUAUGGAAAGCUGCGGACGAUGGGUUGAUGGUCCCGACUUUAAAGGCAACCGGUAGUGCCGAAUUGGAUAGAGAGCUGUUUGAAGAGUUGAUAAUGCCAUUAAAAGAACGCGAGCAGUUAUUGAGAGAGGAAAGAGACCGUGCUAUGGCCGUUUCCCUACUUACAGAGGACGCCGAAGCCCACGAAGCUAUGUUUGAGUGUGGUUGCUGUUAUUCGGAUGUGAUUUUCGAAGAGAUUACCACCUGUACUGCCGAAGGGCAUGUAGUUUGCUUCAACUGCGUUCGCCAUUCCAUCACCGAGGCGGUUUUUGGACAAGGAUGGCAACGUAGCAUCGAGAAGGAGACAGGUGCUCUUCGAUGCCCUGCUGUGGCGUCGGUAGAGUGCGAAAGCUGCGUAUCGCCCGAGCACAUCCAUCGAGCUAUGCAAGGGGAGAAAAAUGGAGAUGAGAUUAUACGCAAACUUGACCAACGACUAGCAGAGCAUGGUCUUUUGUCUAGUGGCUUGCCUUUGGUUCGAUGUCCCUUUUGCACAUACGCCGAAGUCGACGAUCUAUAUAUGCCAGCCAGCAUAUCUAGACCUAGGAUCCGUGUCAGCAAUAUUCCAAACUUUAUCAUCAUUUUCAUUUGCUUGAUCAUAUCUCCCCUUUUAUUUCCUAUUCUCAUAUUAGCGUUAGCCUUUGCCGUUUUGUGCUUGAAUCGUUCGUUUAGGGAUUAUAUGUCUUGUCAUUUAGGAGCGGCCGUCAUAAGGUACCAGCGUCGUCGUCGCGGGUUAAAAUUCAACUGCCAGAAUCCAACCUGCCGACGUUCGUCUUGUUUAUCAUGUUCGAAGGCAUGGGUGGAUGUUCACGUCUGCCACGAGUCGUCUCUUGUCGCCCUACGCACCCAAGUGGAACAGGCGAUGUCUAUGGCGAUUAAGCGUGUCUGCCCCCGAUGCAGCACCUCCUUCGUCAAGACGGCUGGAUGCAAUAAACUGACUUGUCCAUGUGGCUAUAAGAUGUGCUAUGUCUGUCGCAAAAAUAUCGGUACUCCAAAUGAGGGUUACCAGCAUUUUUGUCAACAUUUCAGGCCCGAGGGCGAUGGUCGACAAUGUGGCGAAUGUAGCAAGUGUAAUUUAUGGGAAGCCGAGAAUACCGAGGAAAUCCUUCGAAAAGCCAAGAUGGAAGCAGAACGGAAAUGGAGAGCAUCUGAGAGACGCGAACUGUCUGACGCAGAGAAGGCAUAUCUCGAAGAUGGUGUAGGCAGCUUUAGUCGAGACAAGAGUCUGACAUGGCUGCUUCCGGGCGGUAAGAUCCCGAGCAUUGAAGAGUUCUGUGAUUUUAUUAUAGAGACCUUGUUUAUAUAG